CACCAAGUCAGGUCAUCUCUUCGGCUGCUCCCCUCUCAAAGUGUCCACUUGAUCCGUGAGUGGCUGCAGAAAGAAGGGGGAAAGCAAUAGCAAGAGAGUAAGAGAAAGAAAGAGAGGCACAGCGCCAUGCUUAGAAACUCCACGCACAGAGGCAUGCAUCCAGGAGAGGAGGCGAGGAUGCGCGGCGGGAGUAGUGUGGCGCGAGAGAGGAGACACCUUGCCCUGCGCAUUAACAACCAGGAAGAAGGGAAGCGGUAUCAUCGCUACUGCAACCACAGUGGAGGGCAAACGGCUCCCAAGGUGGAGAGUCAUCCCCAGAAGAACGAAGUGGAGGCAGACAACAGGCCUAAUCGCCGCGGGCAACAGCAGCAGCAAUUGGAAAUCAAGGCUAUUGUUAUUCAGCGUGCCUGGCGUGCCAGCGUGUCGCGCCGUGGGUGCUGGCAGGAACAUGACAAGCACAGAAGCGACCAGAACGCCGAUGACACCAUUACGACCGCCGACCUUUUCCCGGAGCAGCUCAAGAGCCUCCAGAGUGGCUUCAAGAACUUUAGUAGUGGAGGCUUGCAGCUGCAGACUGAGGACCUGCUGGUGGACCAGGUUGACAACAUCAACAUGAACGUACCGCCCUUUGAGACCAAAGUCUUGAUCAUCCAGCGCGCCUGGCGUGAUUUCCUUCAGAGACAGGAAACAGACAAGAGGAGUCCCUCCCCAUCUUCUCUGUCAUCGUCAGAUAAGAUGAGCAUGUCCAUCAGUAUGGCCACCCUCUCCGAUGGCAGCACCCCGGAUUACCGGGAGGAUGGCAUGGACCUGGGGAGCGAUGCAUCCAGUCGCUCAAGCUCAGAGUCCAACUCCAAUAAGGUCACGCCUUGCUCCCCUUCUCCUGACCUGGCCACACUGGAUGACUACAAAUCAUCCCCUUCUCUGGACCUUGUCACCCUUGAGGACUAUGAGGAGGACGAGGACUACCAAGAGUACAAAAAAAAGGUGAUGGAGGAGUGGGAGAGUGAAUACGGAGAUGACUGCAGCUCUCCACCGGUCCCCAGUCAGGAGGAAUGUGUGAAUGGUGUCGAAGAGGCCGAUGAGGUUGGCGAGGGAUACAGGAAGAACAGCCGUGGCUUCGCCGAUGAAUUGCAGGAUGUGAAGAGUGUUCCGCCCCUCCCGGCCCCCAGCGGACGCACUGCUACAGCCGCCACAGUCCCUGAGGAACUUAAACAAAAUGGGAAUCUGAUUUUGCCUCGCAGCAACCCGCUUGUCUCCCUUGGUACACCACAGGGGGGACUCACAGGGACUCACAAGCCCAGGCACCACAGUUUUAGUCAGGGCAGGGGGAGCCGUAGCACUGGUGGGGGUGGCGAAGGUGGAGGAGGUGGGACUGUGGGACGGAUGGGGGGUUACAGAGAAGAGGAGGGUGUAGAAGAAGAAACUCUGCCCACCAUGGACUGGGCAGCCCUGGAGAGGCACCUGGCAGGGUUGCAGUGCCGAGAGCAGGAGAACCACAACCUCAAUUACAACCAGAACCACAACCUAGGCAAGACCAGCUACACCUCAGCCCAAAAGAAUGAAAGGGAGUCUAUUAGGCAGAAGUUGGCCCUGGGCAGUUUCUUCGAUGAUGGACCGGGCAUCUACACCAGCUGCAGCAAGAGCGGCAAGCCCAGCCUGUCGUCACGGCUGCAGAGCGGCAUGAACCUGCAGAUCUGCUUCGUCAACGAUAGCGGCAGCGACAAGGACAGCGAUGCGGAUGACAGCAAGACAGAGACCAGUCUGGACACGCCUCUGUCCCCAAUGUCCAAGCAGAGUUCGUCCUACUCGGACCGGGACACCACAGAGGAGGACUCCGAAUCUCUGGAGGACAUGGACUUCCUGAGUCGACAGAAGAAGCUGCAGGCGGAGGCCAAGCUGGCGCUGGCCAUGGCCAAGCCUAUGGCUAAGAUGCAAGUGGAAGUGGAGAAACAGAACCGUAAAAAGUCGCCCGUGGUCGAUCUGCUCCCACAUAUGCCUCACAUCAGUGAAUGUCUCAUGAAAAGAAGCCUGAAGCCUACCGACUUGAGAGACAUGACGCUGGGACAGCUCCAGGUUAUCGUCAACGAUCUCCACUCCCAGAUUGAGAGUCUGAAUGAGGAGUUAGUACAGCUGCUGGUGGUCCGAGAUGAGCUCCACAUGGAACAAGAUGCCAUGCUUGUUGACAUUGAGGACCUCACCAGGCAUGCUGAGAGCCAGCAGAAACAUUUGGCUGAGAAGACCCUGACCAAAUAAGAUGCGGCCCACCCCGUCCCCGCUUUACCGCCACCACCCGCCUGAACCAAAUACAGCCCUUCAUCAAACCAUGCCACCUCCAUCUUGAUCCAAGUUUGCCCGCUAGUUCCCCCCGCUGCUGUCCCGCUUCGUCCACCCGCUCGCCAGCCUUCAGCCCCUCAAUCUCCCGCCGCCAUCUUUCAUCCGCUCGUGUGGCUUAAUCCAGGGGGAGAGCAUCCUACUUCCCCGCAGAAGGAGGAGAGGAAAGGGAUUGUGUAUUGUCAUGGAUUCUGUCCCAGCUUCCUGUGCAGUGAUCGGCCUUGCUUCGCUCGUUUCCUAACAACUUUCUACAUUCACCACUAAAUUAUUACUGUCAAAUGCAAAAAUUGUGGGGAAAAAAGUCAAGUCAUAGUGAAAACUUUAGUAGAAAGUCAAGUCUUAAGGUUUAAAAUAAAAAAAACAUUAAAAAAAAAAAAAGAAAGAAAGAGAGAAAAAGAAACAACACUGUAUAAAAAAAAGAUGGCUAAUUAUCUUCGGAGCAUUUUAAGUUGGACUGUAAAGUAUUUCAACCUGUUUUUAUUCUGCACAAAUGGUAGUUUUCAACUGAGAAAUGUUCAUUUGAAGGUGCUAAAAGAGUGUAAAGGAAACAUGCCUGCCUUCUAGUGGAGUCGUAGCUUUUGGUAAAUACAUUCACUCGAAUUGCUCUUCAACAUUUUGUGAAUGUUGAUUUUUUUCGGACACGAGUCAUUUUCCAAAAGAAUCGGUGUGUUAAUAAUCGUUUUCAUCCUACUGUGUUCAGAAACUUUAUUUGAGGGAAGAAAAUCUUUAUGUACAGAUAUGUAAAAUAAAGAAUAAACUUUGUUUCAUAUA